AGUGCUUCUUACAGUAGGUUUAUUGUGGCCACGUCUCUUAUUUAAAUUAGCAUCAUCUAUGGCUAAUUACCUAUAUCUAAAUAAUCGUUUUUCAUAAUAAGCAAUUAUACGUUGAACAGAUAUUAAACAAAGAGUACCUACCACAAGUUAUAAACUGAGUGAACUAUCAAAAGUAAUUUUUUACAGCUCUUUUCUACUUCACUGAGUAGAAUGGUAGUUGCACUGUAGGUGUGGUCCUACAUUCGAAUCAGAGAGAGGCCUGAAUGUCAUUGGCACUGCCAAGAGGGUGAGGAGAGAGAACAAAAAGCAAAGCCACAGAGAAAAGAGGGAUAGUGUUUUAGAGGGAGAGAGAUAAAUAUUUGUGUGCAGUUCCCCUCGGGCUAGAAUAAGAAGAGCCCAGCUGUUAGAGAAGGAGUAAACAAGACAAAUUACUGCAACAUAAAACAUAGAGCAUGGGAGAAGACCAGGGAGUGGGAGGGACUGACAUGGGCUUAUCCAGAGCUCUCCUCCACCCAUUGGCCGAGAGUUGUGUCAGUCAUAUCACUUCCUCCUUGGCUGUUGCAAGUUCAGAAAGGAGGGAGCAGGAGGGAGAGGGAGGUACUCUCGGUCUUGCUUUUCUACAGAAAAAUAGUUAACUCGGCUGAAACUGAAACAGGACAAGACUUGUUAAAGAAAAGCACCACCAGGCUGUCUCUCCUUCAUUCUCUCAGUUUCCUGCUCAAGGAAGCCAUUUUGUACAGGCUGGAGUCUAAGGACAACAAACUUUUCCCCCCCUUCUUUCUCCUUCCUCAAGUGUUUCCUGUGAAAAUUGAGACUUUCUCAUCAGCAGAACAACUUCUUCACCCGAGAAGGAGGAGCGGUGGGUAGGAGGGGAGAAGUUUUUCUCAGUCUGUCUCUCACGCUUGCCUCGCCGGGAUAAUGAAAGAAGACGUGUGAGUGCAGAUGACAAAAGAUCAAGAGGGAGAGAUAGAAAGAAAGAAAGAAAAAGAAGAAGCAGGUCUUCCUGGAUAGGGAUCUCCUCCUGACUCCUCUGGGAGAAGGGGUGGUCAAAGGGCAGAGACUCCCAGUAGCGGUGUGUAUUUGUCUGUGGAUCACUGUGUCGACACCCUCGCGCUCCUGCUCUUUUGAGGGAGGUAGAGCGUGUGUAGCGAGGGAUGGCCAACGCCAGCCCCUGUAUGUCGUCGGGACCCCUAUCCCAGGUCUUCUUCCACACGGGGGGCCCCUCUCCCCCAGGCUCUGUGGUGAUGCAGCAGGGGACCCCCAUGGCCGUGCCUCCCUCCCCUGCUCACGGUGGUCUCCUCCCUGUGGAACUGGGGGCUGGGCUGGGCCCUGGGGGGGUUGCCAAUUCCUACGUGCCCCCCACCCCAGCUGGGGUCUCCUUCAUCAUCCAGAUUGGGCUGACCAGGGAGUCAGUGCUGCUGCCCCAGACCGCUGACCUUGCCUACGUCAAACAGAUUGCCUGCUCCAUUGUCGACAUCAAGUUCCCAGAGUGUGGCUUCUAUGGCAUCUAUGACAAGAUCCUGCUAUUUAAACAUGACACAGGCACCAACAACAUCCUGCAGCUGGUCAAGGCUCCCCAGGACAUCCAGGAGGGAGACCUGGUGGAGGUGGUGCUCUCCGCUGCGGCCACCUUCGAGGACUUCCAGAUCCGGCCUCAUGCCCUGAACGUCCACUCGUACCGUGCCCCGGCCUUCUGCGACCACUGUGGAGAGAUGCUGUUUGGACUGGUCAGACAGGGCCUCAAAUGUGACGGCUGUGGACUGAACUACCACAAGCGCUGUGCCUUCAGCAUCCCCAACAACUGCAGCGGCGCUCGCAAGCGGCGCCUGUCCACCACGUCUCUGACCAGUAGCCCGUCGCUGCGUCUGUCCACCAGCGAGUCCCUGAGCAGCGUGGGGACCAGCUCAGUCAGCACCUGCAUGGAGGAUGCCAGCCUGAUCCGCUCUCACACCACCCAGACGCUCCCGAACUCCACCUGUACCGCGUCAGCGUCCCUGGGCCUGUCCACCAGCGCCUCCAUCACCAGACCCAUGGCCCGCGCCAACACUCACAUGGUGAGUCAACGCUCGCGUGGCUUUUCAGGAACAUUUGAGUGAUGUCUGCGACUGUGUUG